UGGCCGCUCGUGCCCACGCCCGCGCCGCCUGCCCCGCCUGCCCCGCCGCCGCCGCCGCGCCGCCGCCCGCCAGCAGCAGCGCCGCCUCGCAGCGCUCCGGAGCCGGAGAAAUGGAUUGCAAUGAAUGUGAAAAUGUGUCAAGAGAAGAGAAAAUGUCAGACGACCUUGAAUCUGAUACUCCGAGUUCUCUGGUAGAUAUACCAUUUGCCACUAUAGCUAUUGAAGAUGACUGUCGAUCCACUGAUGAACAGAAAAUAAAUUUGGAGAGAAAUGAAGAAAAUGAAGGUAUCAAUAAAGAUAAGAAAAAGAAGAAAAAAAAGAAUUAUCAACCAAACUAUUUUCUCUCCAUUCCAAUCACCAACAAAGAGAUUACAAGAAGAAUUAAGAUCGUACAAAAUGAAAUAAUACAACAAGACAAACGACUAGCCAAAACAAUGAGCGGUGAUGGUUCUUUUCACAUUACCCUGCUAAUAAUGCAGUUAUUAAAUGAAGAUGAAGUAAACAUUGGUAUUGAUGCUCUUUUGGAAUUAAAACCGCUCAUAGAAGAAAUCCUCAAAGGAAAGCAAUUGACUUUGCCUUUUCAAGGGGUUGAUACUUUUGGAGGUCAAGUUGGAUUUGUAAAACUGGCAGAAGGAGACCACAUGCAUCUGCUUUUGAAAAUAGCAGAAGUUGCCAAAAGGACAUUUCAAGAAAAAGGAAUCUUGGCAGGAGAGGACAGAAGUUAUAAGCCUCAUUUGACCUUCAUGAAGUUGUCGAAGGCACCUCAUCUCCGAAAGAAGGGAGUGAAAAAAAUAAAUCCUGAAUUCUACAAAAAGUUCAUUGAUCACAAAUUUGGAGAUGAGAUGGUAUUUCGCAUAGAUCUUUGUUCUAUGGAGAAGAAAAAACAAAGUGAUGGUUAUUACCAUUGUGAGUCUUCAAUUAUGAUUGGCAAGAAACCUACAAGUCCUGGAAUCCGGAACUUAAUUGAAGAAGCUUUGCAUCAAGAAAGAAUGAUUCUGAAGUCCAAAGUGAAACAGAUAAGGGAACUUUUAUUGAAGCCUGAGACUCAGGCCAAAAUUAGGAGGGAGCUUUUUGAAGGAAGGUUCAUUCACAAUAGUAGUCAAGAAAAUGAUGUUGAUUUCAGAAAUCCUUUGCUAUAAGCCGAUAUUGCUAUCAUGGUACCAUAGUUUAUGAAAUCUUUUCAGCUUGUUAAAUAGUUCUUUGGUAAACACCAAAGAACUUUUGUGCUUUUUGUCUUCACAACAGCAAACCAACAUUUGGUAAGGAAUUAGCAGUUUUUACCAAAGAACUUUCUAAUUCUGCUCUGUUACUUUUUUCAUCUUCCUUGUGUUUUUGAGUAUUUGUUUCAGUAAUAGAGUUAUUUUAUAGAAAGGACUUCUUCAUUUGCUGUUGUUAAAUAGCCCAUGCAUCCUCACAAAUAAAAUAUAUAGAUGGUGGAAAAUUGUUUAUAGGUAAAAGAUAAUGUUUUAAAGGUCACUGAAUUUCUGUUGACAUGAUUUUUGUUGUUAAAUCGAAAGAGCACCAUCCAGAUGUGUCUAUAGAUAAUGUUCCUUUUAAUGGGAAUUUGAAUGUUUAUUGAAUACUACUAGCACUUGAAUAAACAUUUAUAAAUUUAAUUAUUGCGAUCAUUGGUUUGAAAUGUUUUAUAGUAUACUGACGUUUUUGAUGAUCAAACUGUAGCUUUUUCAUUUAUUAAUGAAUAAAUGUUUGAAAUUUUUACUUUUUACUUUUCUAAAGAUAAGCCUUCGGUUUUACCAUGUCUCUUAUAAUCUGACUUUGUUUGCAUGGAUUCAUUUUUAAAGAAAAUUCUUGAAAAAUUUCCCUCCCACACAUAAUUAUUGGUAAAACAUUUUCUUUCGUCAUUGAAAAUUUAUGCUUCUAAGAGAUCAUGAUGGAGGAGGAAAUUUUUAGAGAUCAAAUGUGUAUUAUUUCAAAUAUAAAAUCUAGUUUACUCAUGGAUUUUAACUAUUUUUUCACUGGGUAAAUUAUCUUUUAUUUAUAAAUAAGUUUAUGCAUUUUUAUGCCUCUUAAUAAAUUUAUUAUUUCCCCUUG